AGCCAAGAGAUCCAUAUCGUGGUCAGUGCCAAGAAAAAGGAUCUCCUCGUUUCAAUGAUUCACGGGGGCAAAGGGACAUUAAGAGUGACGAGCCGGAUCGAUAAAACUGGGACGUGAUCGCUCACAGGGUCCCAGGAAUGCAUUGGUGCUUGGUGGUAAGGCGCGGUUCCUCUUCGCCUUCUUCUUUGAUUCAUAGAUUCACGUUUUUAUCUCCGCGACGAUCUAGCAGCAACAAUGCUGGUUCUCGCAGCAGAAGAAAGCGCCGCAGUGUUCAGCAAUCUCGCGCUUGUGAGAAUGUGGUUCCGGAAGAGCAGCCGCGCAUCAAUCCCUGGAAGGAGAGGCGCAAACUCCAGGAUUUGCAAGUCGGACGCAAGUUCUUGUCUGAGGACGUGGCGACUGCCGAGAAUUUGCGGGAGAUGCUCAAGAAGACUUACGAACGUAUCGAGCUCAAGAAAAAGAUCCUCCAGGAAUACGACUUUCCAGAGGACAAGCCGGUCCACGACCCCGAGUACCUGAGCCCGGAGUUUAUGACUGCCUUGAAGGAGAGAAACCGCUGCAUCGACGAUUUCCUCACCAUCGGCAAGAGAGGCGUCUGGGAAGGUUUCAUCAGAGACAUAUACUCUCACUGGAUCAACCACGAGACGCUCCGGAUCUACUGCGAAGGCUAUCCGCUGCGAAAGCUUCGGCCCAUGGCCGAGAAAGUGGCGAGAAUGAGUGGAGCUGUGGUUAUCGCGGUGACCGAGGAGACCAUGUCGUUUAUACUCUACCGAGGCAGGAAUUUCAGCCAUGGUUACCAGCCACCCUCGCGGAUUGAAAAUAUGCUCAACAAGGGAAAGGCGCUAAAGAAGGCGCUCUUGCUCAAGUCCCUGCAGCACCUCUAUCGCAAUGUGCGCGAGCUCACAGAAAGGAUUCACAAGCAUCGGUUGCGAGCCGUCUACACUGAGAAGCAGCGAAAGGCGAUUGUAGAGGCCGAAGAGAGAGGGGAGGAUUUACAAGCAGACGCUUCCCAGUCGGACGAUGACGAGGAAUUCCAAUGGUGAAUUCACCAUGGAACGCAGCGAGGAGUUUUUCCUCUGGUAAGCAUCAGUUUAGUUUACAUGGAGUUUAAUAUCCUACUGCUUUAACUAUGCAAUGCAGAUAUUAUAGAAACAAAGAGAAACUAGGUAUGUUCUUACCCAAGCUCACACUCCAUAGGUUGAAGCAAAUUGGUAGUUAUCAUCAAGAUUACUUUUCUUCGUC